AUGAAUCGUAUUCAAAUCUGUUUGAUGUUGGCCAUGAGUUGCUUGAUGCUGGUUUCUGCCCAUUCGGGAUCAUACAACUACGGAUAUGGCGUGAAUGAUCCAAUCACCGGGGAACUGAACGAUCAACGUGAGACUAAAAUCUGCGAUGACCAAGUAUACGACGAACCAAUGAUUCCGGUUUCCAAGAAUUUCGUAUCCGAACCAAUCACCUCGCCAGCAUCUCCAGGACCGAUCAUAAACGCUGAAUUUGUAUCCGUGACUCCAUCGUCAAUCUUGCGCACCGCCGAUUUCGAAUCUUCCCGAAUCGUGGCUGCAACCCCGAUUUUGGAAACGAAAAUUGCAGCCGAACCACUACUGUACGCUUCUCGUCCUGCGGAGUACACGCCUAUCGCCAAACAUGAACCUCUCCCAAAGUAUGCACCACGAGUUGAGUAUUACGCUGCCAGCCCGGCACCUCUAACCGCGUCCAAACUGCAGACUCAGGUCGUACAAUACCAAGUCGCUCCGGUUAAAAUCGUCAAGUCCGCAAACCUCCAAUCGUACGGCCGACAGACCACAUCGUCUUCGCAUAAAUCCUUCGUCAAUCACCCACCGACUCCCGUUAAAAUUGCCUCCAUCGCACCGGAAUAUUACGCGCCUGCCCCGAAGGCACCGGAAUAUUACGCACCUGCUCUGACCGCACGGGAAUACUAUUUAGCCGCCUCCAAGGCACCAGAAUACAAUUCAGCCGCCCCCAAGGCACCAGAAUACAAUUCAGCCACCUUCGUUGCAGCCCCCCAAGCACAGAUCGUUCAACCCUUGCAACAGGUUUCCCGAGCUCUGUACGUGGCUUCAACACCGUACGCGUAUCGCAGUUCGUCGGCUCCCGCGACUUCGUACCAGUACGCCAACCACUGGAACAGUCACGAGCAAUCGGCCGCCGGAGUUCAAGCACGCUACUCCAUGAUCAGUCCACAACAGUAUUCGGUCGGAUACCAACAGCCCCAAUACGAUUCCGCCAUCGCAUCACAAGGACAAAAUUCGGGCCAAUAUGUCGCCGCCCAGGAUGAACCAUGCGAAAAAUGA